UUUUUAAAAAAGGAUUAUUUAUUUAAUAGUACAAUAUAAUAGCUCAUUUGUUAAAAAGAAAUUAAUGAACAGUAUCAUAUUACUGAAAACUAUUAAGGGCAGCCAACGUAAUAUAAAGCUAUUAAUUCAAAACAACAUAAAAAUAUCUGAAUUUUAAAUAAAAAUUUACAAUAAAUCUUAUUCUGUAAUAAACAUAAAUCCAAUUAUAUCUAACUAAUGACAACCAUUAACAUUUAUGAUUACAGUGAAUGAAUAAUUUGAUGUUACUUGCAUUAUUGGUUAUGUUUUUUUAAACGCAUAAAAUAAAAGGAGAAAUAUAUGACAUAUAUUUAAUAUAUAAUGAAAGUCAUACAAUGUAAUACUUCAUUACGCUUCAAGUCCUAUAAUAAAUAUUGCUGCAAUAAGUUCUCUACUCAACAGUUAUCAGAUUUUCCAAAAACUUUUAAUAGUAAAAAAAUUGAACAUGAAUGGUAUCAGAUUUGGAAAGACAAUAAUCAUUUUACUAUUAAAAAUAAUGAAAAAGCAGCAUUGAAAAUGCUUUUACCUCCUCCUAAUAUAACUGGAACAUUGCAUUUAGGACAUGCAUUAACUGUUACAAUUCAAGAUAUAUUAGCAAGAUGGUAUAGAAUGAAAGGACAUCCUGUAAUAUGGAUACCAGGUUUUGAUCAUGCUGGAAUUGCAACACAAAUGAUGAUAGAAAAAUAUCUUUUUAAAGUAAAAGGUAUUAGUAAGUCAGAUGUAGGAAAAGAACAGUUCCUGUCAUUUGUUUGGCAGUGGAAAAAUGAAAAACAAAAUAAUAUAAAAUCUCAGUUAGAAGCUUUGGGUGCUAGUUUAGAUUGGUCUAAAGAAUACUUUACAAUGAGUAAGGAUCAUAAUGUUGCUGUGAUAGAAGCACUUGUCAUAUUGAACAAUCGAAAUUUAUUAUAUAGGAAGAAAGAUUUGAUAAAUUGGUCUCCUACUCUACGUAGUACAAUAUCGGAUAUUGAGGUAGAACGUUUAUACAUUACUAAAAAGACACAGCUCAAAGUUCCAGGAUACAAGAAAAUGAUUACAUUUGGUGAAAUAGCAUAUAUAGCUUAUCCAGUGAAAGAUUCAAAACAUGAGAUAGUAGUAGCAACUACUAGACCAGAGACUCUUUUUGGAGAUGUAGCAAUUGCUGUUCAUCCAGAUGAUGAAAGGUACACAAAAUAUAUUGGGCAUCAAGUUUGGCAUACUUUAAGAGAAACAUACAUUCCUGUUAUUUCUGAUCCUUUAGUUGAUAGACAAUAUGGCACAGGUGCAGUAAAAAUAACACCAGCGCAUGAUCCUUUAGAUUACCAGAUUGCAAUAAAUCAUCAAUUAGAAAUUAUUGAAGUUAUUGAUGAAUAUGGAAAUAUAACAGGAAUAGGCAAACAAUUUAAAGGUUUGCCAAGAUUUAUUGCUCGAGAGAAAGUUUUAAACGAAUUGUCAAAUAAAGGUAUUCUAAAAAGUAUUAGCGAUCACGAAAUGUACGUGCCAUUGUGUUCACGAUCUCAUGAUGUCAUAGAAUACUUACUCAAAGAACAAUGGUUUAUUAAAUGUGAAAGUAUGGCUCAGAAGGCACUACAAGCUGUGGAACAGGGACAUUUAAAAAUAAUACCUAAUACUUAUGAAAAAUCGUGGUAUGAUUAUCUCAAUAAUAACAGAGAUUGGUGUAUUUCAAGACAAAUAUGGUGGGGACAUUCUAUUCCUGCAUAUUAUUUUACAGUUGAAGGUAAAACUGAAUGGAUAAUUAGUAGAACUGAAAAUGAUGCAAAAACUAUUGUACAAAAUAAAUAUGGACCAGAUGUAAAAUUAUAUAAAGAUCAAGAUGUAUUGGAUACUUGGUUUUCUUCUGCAAUACUUCCAUUUGCAGUAAUGGGAUGGCCAAAGAAGACAGAAGAUUUUAAAAGAUAUUAUCCUUUAACAUUAAUGGAAACAGGAAGUGAUAUUCUUUUCUUUUGGGUUGCAAGGAUGGUAAUGCUAGGAUUGGAAUUGACUAAUUGUAUACCUUUUAAUGAAGUUUUACUGCAUGGUCUUGUAUGUGAUGCUUAUGGAAAGAAAAUGUCUAAAACAACUGGAAAUAUUGUUUCUCCAGAAAAUAUUAUCAACGGUAUUACCUUAAAUGACCUGAUUGCACAAAUGAAAGAAAGUUAUAAUACAGGUUUAAUUAGUGAAUCUGUUUUAAAACGAAUGUUAAAUGCAAAUAAUAAACAGUUUCCUAAUGGUAUACCAGAACAUGGUGCAGACGCAUUACGUAUGACAUUAUGUAGUCACAAUAUUAAAAAUCAACAUAUCAAGUUUGAUAUUAUGGAGUGUCAAACAAACAAAUUUUUUUUAAAUAAGAUUUGGCAAGCAGGCAAAUAUGUCUUACUGAUGACAAGCGAACAAGUGUAUCAAGAACCUACAAAUAUGACAAUUAUUGAUCAAUGGAUUCUAAGCAGAUUAUCUCUAAUGAUAAAUAUAGUCAGUGAUUCAUUUAUGCAACGAGAUUUCCAUAAAGCUAUUGCAUCAAUGAAGCAAUUCCUAUAUUAUGAGUUUUGUGAUUUUUAUUUGGAAGCAACUAAAUGGGGAUAUAAGAGCAAAGACAUAGAUGCACAUAUAAGUCAUACAUAUAGCUUAAGAAAAUGUUUAGAAGUAUUUUUACGUAUAUCUGCACCUAUAAUUCCAUAUAUAUCUGAUGAUUUGUACAAAAGAUUAUCAAAUGAAUUUCCAGAAUUUUUAUCAGUGCCGUCAUUAAUGCAAGCACAAUAUCCAGUACCACAACAGUAUAAUGAAUGGAGAGACGUUUCUCUAGAUGAAAAAAUAAAUGAUGUCUUAAAUAUUAUAUUAAAAAUUAGAAGCAUUAUCGGCAAUGUUAGCAAAAAAUUAAAUCCAGAAGUUCAUAUUGUAACUAGCAAAUUUGAAAAUCUUAAAUUUUAUAAUGAUGUCAUAAAUUUAAUUAAAGGUGGAAGUAAAAUUUUUAAUAUUUUUAUAUUCUUAAAAGAUGAUUAUACAGAAGAUAAAAAUAGUGUUUUUUAUAAUUAUAGUUCUGAUUGUACAUUAUUUAUUAUCACUGAGAACUCUUCUAUUUUGCAACAAUUUAAGGAGAACAUCUUGAAAGACACAAUUACACAGAAGAAUUAAAACUAAAUAAUUUAAAAGAAAUGUAAUUUAAAUAAAUUACGUUAAAAAAUA